CUCUUUUCGACUCUUUAAAUAUUCGUGGAAGACAUGGCGGACGAUACACGAGACAGCAAUCAAAAUGGAACAGCUUCUACAGUCGUGGAUUCUGGAGCACCGCCUAAGAAACUCCGGAGAGGCGUGGUAUUAGGGAAAGAUGGCAAACCCUGUCGAUCGUGUAACUCCUUCGUAGACUUUACUUCGCAGACCAAAACUAUUACCAAAUCGACUAUAGGGCACUCUCUUGUUGCCACCGGCCCACCACUAGCUUGCCCACCAGACGUCGAGGAGCUAGGACGUUCCUCUUGGACUCUCCUCCACUCCAUAACGGCCUCAUACCCUAUUUCUCCUACGCUUACCGAGCAAAGUCAGGUCAGGCAAUUUAUGGGGCUUUUCUCAAAGCUGUAUCCGUGUUGGGUCUGCGCCGAGGACUUCCAGGAUUUCAUGGCCAAGAAUAGAGUCAGGGCGGAGAGCAGGGAGGAGUUUGGACAGUGGAUGUGUGAGGCACAUAACGAUGUGAAUAGGAAGCUUGGGAAGAAGGAGUUCGACUGCUCGAAGUGGGAAGAGAGGUGGAGGACUGGUUGGAAGGACGGCAGGUGCGACUAGUUGCCGACUGUCGCAUUCCUGUACCAUAUGUACGAUGGAUGUUUGUAUCAUUAUGGUGGGUCAUUCUGUCUUGCAUAGCGGGUUGGGCAUAUGGGUUUUGCGUUUAGAGGUCUUUUGAAAACCUCAACUCAGAAAUCUUACUUUCCUCUCCUCGCCCUCAAACCUUGCACAUUUGGAUAAUUAUGGCGACUUCUGCGCCCUUGAUUCUUUUUGAACAAACUUGGAGACUUCCUUUUUUGUGCACUCUCUGCGCUUCAUUUUUGGUUUUCAGUGUCC